AUGCAAGCGAAAGAGAUGAUCCGUUCUAUGAAGGUUUCAGAUCCGUCGAUCUAUUUGAUGGACCAUUUCGCUUUCCUUUGGAUGCAAGGGAUGGUGUCGAUUGCGCAAAACAACCUACUCUUCUCGUUGGAGUGUUUUGAAGUAAGAUUCGAGAAGCAUAUUCUACAUCUCGGAGUAGAUGUUCUCGAUUGCAAUCUGGUUCACCGGAGGUCCGAGGUAGGCGAAAUCGUGGUUCACCGGAGUUAUGAGGCAGACGAAACCGUGGUUCACCGGAGGCCCAAGGCAGACAAAAUUGGCGGCGAUUAG